GCUAUAAAUAGCAGAAACUGAGGAGCCCAAACCCAAAACCCUGAGAUAAUCAAAUGGAGGACUACUUGCAGUACAUGAGGACUCUCCGAUCUCAAAUGAACGAUGUGGAAGAUCAAGCUACCAAGGUCUCGGUGGAGGAACAGAUGCAGUUAACCACUAUUCAGACCCUCGAGAACGAUCUCAAUUCUGCAAUAUCCGAAACAAAACGAUUCAUCGAAGACAUUGAACAGAUGAAGAAUGCCAAGGGUCAAAUAUGCUCAAAGAUUCUGGAAAGACAGAGAAAGAUAGUUUCAUUGGAGUCUGAUUCAUCCAACCUUAUCCAGACCUUGGAGCUUAUUGAACAAGAAAGGAUCAACUUGGCCGCCAAGCAUAUUGAGAAAAGCACUUACUACUUGAAAGUAUCAGAGGAUAUCAAUGCCAAAUUUCAGGAACAAAAGGAUUGGAUCAAAUGUCACUGGUACACUACAGAACUUGGAGAACCUGGAAUGCCAAUGCAGGUUAAGGAUUCAAUUGAUGAGCAAAGAGUUGAGAUUCAAGGGAAGAAUAGCAUCAGUGACCACCUCUGCAUGGAUGAUCAGGGUAACGAUGCAAGAAAGAACCUGAUGGCGAUGGUUGACUCUGCUAAAGUCAAGCUUGAUGAGAUUUUACGAAUGCAAUCCGAACUUGUUGUGGACAAUUACAAGACGAAGCAGGCUAUUGAGCAAGUGAUUAGCAGGGAAAGUAAUUUUAAGCCAGAGCUAAGAGUAUUGGAUAUGAAGACCCUGGAGGACGAGUACAAUGCCCUUUUAUCAGAUAAAACAAGUGAAGCUGAAUAUUUGGAGUCUCUGCAGGACCAAAUUCAGAUAAUUAAGGGUAUAUCUCAUGUGAUUAAAUGUGCUUGUGGAGAGGAAUACAAAGUGGAGCUGGACUCUUGUGUAUGAAAAGGGUAGAACUGGACACGGAUGAAUAGGGUACUGUGGGUGGCUCAGAAAUGAUAGCUUCUAUGGGCUAGAAUACUUGGCUCGCUUUUCAGGUAACCAUGCAAACAAAAAAUCAAAACUGAUGGUAUAACUAUGCAGUAGGAACAUAUUUACAUUACUUCAGUAGCUGGUCCAUGCAACUUGAAUGUAAUUUUUGAAUAGAUAUAGAUUGAACCAUGAACAGAUUGCUCAUGAACACUCCAAAUAUACAUCAAAUGCCUUCAUAUCCACAUAUUGGUAGUGAUU